CAGCGCCUCGGCUCCUCCGGCCCUAGAGCUCCGGCCCAGCUCUCGCGGACAAGUCCCGACAUCGCGUCCCCCCCCUCCGGGACCGCCCCCUCCCCCCUCUCGGCGUCGUCGAAGAUAAACAAUAGUUGGCCGACGAGCGCGGAGUGUGUCUCCCGCCGCCGAAUUCGGCGGGCUGCGUGGGACCGGCGGGAUCCCGGCCAGCCGGCCAUGGCGGGGCUGUACUCGCUGGGAGUGAGCGUCUUCUCCGACCAGGGCGGGAGGAAGUACAUGGAGGACGUUACUCAGAUCGUGGUGGAGCCCGAGCCGACGGCUGAAGAAAAACCCUCGGCGCGGCGGUCGCUCUCUCAGCCGUCGCCUCCGCCGCGGUCCCCGUCGACGCCUGCUGGCAGCGAAAUCUCGGGGAGAGGCCCGGCAGUGGCAGCCCGAGAGGCUCGCGACCCUCCCCCGGACGCCGCGGCCUCGCCAACUCCCGGUUGCUGCUGCCGCCGCCGUUCCUCAGUGGCAUUUUUCGCCGUGUGCGACGGGCACGGUGGGCGGGAGGCGGCACAGUUUGCCCGGGAGCAUUUGUGGGGUUUCAUCAAGAAGCAAAAGGGAUUCACCUCGUCCGAGCCGGCGAAGGUUUGCGCUGCCAUCCGCAAAGGCUUCCUUGCCUGUCACCUCGCCAUGUGGAAGAAACUGGCAGAGUGGCCAAAGACUAUGACAGGUCUUCCCAGCACAUCAGGGACAACUGCCAGUGUGGUCAUCAUACGGGGCAUGAAGAUGUAUGUAGCUCACGUGGGUGACUCAGGGGUGGUUCUUGGAAUUCAGGAUGACCCGAAGGAUGAUUUUGUCAGAGCUGUGGAGGUGACACAGGACCAUAAGCCAGAACUUCCCAAGGAAAGAGAACGAAUCGAAGGACUUGGUGGGAGUGUGAUGAACAAGUCUGGGGUGAAUCGUGUAGUUUGGAAACGACCUCGGCUCACUCACAAUGGACCUGUUAGAAGGAGCACAGUUAUUGACCAGAUUCCUUUUCUGGCAGUAGCAAGAGCUCUUGGUGAUUUGUGGAGCUAUGAUUUCUUCAGUGGCGAGUUUGUGGUGUCACCUGAACCAGACACAAGUGUCCACACUCUUGACCCCCAGAAGCACAAGUAUAUAAUCUUGGGGAGUGAUGGACUUUGGAAUAUGAUUCCACCACAGGAUGCCAUCUCAAUGUGCCAGGACCAAGAGGAGAAAAAAUACUUGAUGGGUGAGCAUGGACAGUCUUGUGCCAAAAUGCUUGUGAAUCGAGCACUAGGCCGCUGGAGGCAACGGAUGCUUCGAGCAGAUAAUACUAGUGCUAUAGUGAUCUGCAUUUCUCCAGGAGUGGACAGUCAGGGAAAUUUCACCAAUGAAGAUGAACUUUAUCUGAACUUGACAGAUAGUCCUUCUUAUAAUAGUCAAGAAACCUGCGUGAUGACUCCUUCCCCAUGUUCUACACCACCAGUCAAGUCAUUGGAGGAGGACCCAUGGCCAAGGCUGAACUCUAAGGACCAUAUACCUGCCCUUGUUCGUAGUAAUGCCUUCUCAGAGAAUUAUUUAGAUGUCCCAAGUGAGAUAGCUCGAGGGAAUGUCCAGGCGGCAGCCAUAACCUCAAAGGAUCCAGAGCCACUUGAAGAAAAUUGCACUAAAGCCCUGACUUUAAGGAUACAUGAUUCUUUGAAUAAUAGCCUGUCAGUAGGCCUUGCGCCUACCAAUUCAACAAAUACCAUUAUGGACCAAAAAAAUUUAAAGAUGUCAACUCCAGGUCAAAUGAAAGCCCAAGAAGUUGAAAGAACCCCUCCAGUAAACUUCAAAAGGACAUUAGAAGAAUCCAACUCUGGUCCUGUGAUGAAGAAGCAUAGACGAAAUGGUUUAGGUAGAAGUAGUAGCGCUCAGCCCGCGAGCCUCCCCACGACCUCACAGCGAAAGAGCUCUGUUAAGCUUACCGUGCGACGCAGACUCAGAGGCCAGAAGAAGAUUGGAAAUCCUUUACUUCAUCAGCACAGAAAAACUGUUUGUGUCUGCUGAAAUGUAUCUGGAAAAUGUUUUUUUCCCAAACUAGGCUGUGAGAGGGCUUUUUGAAGUUGGUGCGGAACUUGAACUUUUUUAAGGGGACAAAAUAAAAAAUAGUAUACAGUUUCACUUUUGGAAUUCAGCAGUUUUAUCCUGGCCUUGUAUUUGCUUGUAUUAUAAAUGUGAAUUUUGUAGAUGUUAGGGUAUCAGUUGCUGUAAAAUGUGUGUAAAUUUGUAUACUCCACAUAAACUCAGUCUCUUAUUCUGACUCAGUAAAUGUAACAACAGGGCUAAAGGUAAAAAAAAAAAAAAAAUGAAAAGAAUCUAUUAGAUUUUAGAAAUACAUUUAAACUUUUAAAAAUGCUUAUUAAGAAAUUUGUAUAAGUCACUUGUGAUGAAAACUACACAACUUUUUAAAGUAAAUUAUUAAGGAAACUGGAAAAGUGAUGUAUUUUCAUAGUGACCUGUGUUCCACUUAAUGUUUCUUAGAGACAGCUAGUGUCUUUUAAAAAUUAUUUUUUAUUUCUAAUUUCAUAAUUCAGAACUAAAGUUUUCAUAGCAAAAGUGUUGAGCCAUGCUUAAAGUAGCUCGGCGUUAGUCUCCUUGUCCUAAUAAAAAUACUAUGCAGUAUCUCUUAUUUCAGUAGCAUUUUUCUAAAACAUCAAUCAUCAGAGAUACCCCUCAAAUCUUUGGAGUAGAAGGAGGUGUGUUUGCCUAAAAAGGUGUCCUUCUCAAUCAUCCCAGACAUUCAGUGGCAUUAUUAGGUCUUAAAGUAGUUACCCUCUUCUCGUGUUUGCAUAAAAUAUGUGAAGUUUUUCUUGCUAUUUCAAUAACAGAUGGUGCUGCUAAUUCCCAACAUUUCUUAAAUUAUUUUAUAUAUGGAUAUAUGUUUGUUCAUCUAAUAAAUCAGUGAACUGUUGUUGAUA